GUACGCGCGUGCGCAUAGCUUACGGGUUGCAGCGUUGAGGGCUCCCUUGGGCUAUCCCUGCCAAUGGGUUCCGAGGCUUAGUGCCCCACGCAUUACCACCCGUGAUCCUGCGCCGAGGUCCGCGAGGAGGGGUCGCCGCCGAGGUCUCCAGAGCGCGCGGGUCCUGAAGUAUGGCAGCCAUCCCUUCUAGCGGCUCGCUGGUGGCUACCCAUGACUACUAUCGGCGACGCCUGGGCUCCUCCUCGUCCAACAACAGUUCCUGCGGAAGUGCAGAGUACCCCGGGGACGCCGUGCCCCACCCCCCGGGUCUCCCUAAGGCCGACCCUGGCCACUGGUGGACCAGCUUUUUUUUCGGGAAGUCCACCCUCCCAUUCAUGACCACAGUGUUGGAGUCUCCUGAGCACUCGGCAGAAUCCCUGCAGGCCUCCAGAAGCCCGACCACCGGUGACCUGGCUCCUGAAACCAUGAAGCAGCAGCAGCCAGUCAUCCAUCCUGACCAGACCAACACGAGCGCCCCGUCCUGACCUAGCAGAACCACAGCAAAUGCGACUUCAGCAGUGCUAGGCCAGAGUCCCACCCAUCCACCCCACCCUGUAAACUAGGAAGACUGCAGCCAGCAACAGACACCAGCAGGAGCUAGAGAGAGCCCCCCCCUUGGUUCACAGCACUGAGCUUUCCUGACCCCAUAACUGUGCCUUGCACCAAGCCGAAAAUAAACUCCCAGCAGCCCUCCA